AUGCCGAGCAAUAGUUAUCAAGACGAGAAUGAAACAUACUUUUGCAUUGUAGUUAAUAAUAAAAACGCAGUGAAGAUGGAGCAUGCAGACUUGGUGGCAGAAAUGGUGCAGGUCGAGCACCUUACAACACAGGAGAGGCUUCAUCUAGCUAGACGAAGGCGCAUGCAGCAACUUAAACUAUGGCAACAGCGAGAGAAGGAGUGGGCGCGAGCGAGGGCCAAACGGGAGAAGAGCAACAAACGUAGUAUAUACUUUAGUGAUAGCGUCAUGCUCCUCGAAGCCGCCGCUAGAAAUGACAUCGAAGAAGUAAGAAGGCUGUUAGCACGCGGCGUGACUCCAGACGCGACGAAUGAAGAUGGCCUAACAGCGUUACACCAAUGUUGUAUCGAUAAUAACGAGGCGAUGAUGCGAUUACUUCUCGACCACGGCGCGAACGUAAAUGCGGAAGAUAGCGAAAAAUGGACUCCCUUACACGCGGCAGCUACGUGCGGGAAUUUAAACUUAGUUAGAAUAUUAAUACAAAGAGGAGCUAACUUACUAGCGGUUAAUGGAGAUGGAAAUAUGCCUUACGAUAUAUGCGAGGAAGAAAGAACACUGGAUGCGAUAGAAAGUGAAAUGGCAGCUAGAGGUGUAACACAAGGACUGAUAGAUGAAACCAGAGCGGCUACAGAGAUGCAAAUGUUAAUAGAUGUAGAUCAAUUAGUUAAACAGGGAAUGGAUUUAGACGAGCCGAGAGAUAGUCAGGGGGCUACUUUACUCCACAUAGCGGCGGCAAACGGGUAUAUAAAGGUAGUGGAGUUCCUGCUGGAGCACCGCGCGUCCUCCGACGUGGUGGACCACGAUAUGUGGCAGCCGGUGCACGCCGCCGCCUGCUGGGGGCAUUUAGAAGUGUUAGAGCUGUUGGUACAUUAUGGAGCUGAUCUCAACGUAAGGAACAAGCAUGAUGAGACUCCGGCGGACAUUUGCGAGGAGGGCGAGAUGCGCGGGCGCAUCCUGCGGCUGGCGGUGGAGCAGGAGGAGGUGCGGCGCCGCGCCGCCAGCGCCGCCGGCGAACGCCUGCGCGCGGCGCGCCGCUCCUCCUCCACUGCCUCCACUAGCAGAGUGCGGUCGGUGCGCAGGACGUCGCUCCGGGAGAAGCAGCUGGCGGCGAAGGCGGACGCGCGCGGGGAGGCUCGUCUGCGGGAAACCUUUGAUUCCGCCGUCGACGAUGAGUACCAGGGGCUCACGAACGGCGUGGAAAAUGACCAGAAUACAACCAACAUAUCAGCCGAUCUAUCACACACUCGCCUCUCAAUAAGCUCAACGGCAUCCAACCAAAGCUAUGAGUCGGGGAACGUGGACUACGCGGUCCCAAAACAUUCGUAUAACCAGAAAAGCUCGCAAAGAAUCGGCGACGCUAUCGAUUCGAACGACAACAUAACAUAUAACCAACCAAAAAUAACAAAUCCCCUGUUCGGAGUGAAUGCCGCUUCGCACUACUCGCCCAGCUCUAUACGUGAAGUUCCAAACGAAACGAAGCACUUCGACAGAUUACCGAAUGGCGUUAGGAAAGCACCAGAAGGUCAAGACAACGAAGCGUUCAAAACCGAAGAUGCAAUAGAUGGUAUGAAAGAGGUUGUAAUGAACCAAAACCCAAUCGCGAUCGCCGAAGGCGGAACUACCUACACCACAGACAAUAAUGGUAAAAUCAAUGUUCAUGUCACCGUCAUGAUUAACGCAGGGACGUUAGCGGAUUUGAAGAAGCAAAGGGCACAGAUUAGGACAAACGGAAGUCCCGUCGAAAGCAGUGUCAACUCUACGACGAAUCACAGCCUAAAUUCCAUUCCCGAGAUACCAAAACAGGACCCCCAAAUACAGAUAAGUCCAAUAACCACUAAUACAACAGUUCCAAGGUUCUCAGGAAACACUAGUGAUGUCGUCGGUGACACCAAAUCACGCCGGUGCUGUAUUAUAAUG